UACUCACGCUCUGUUAAGAGAGAGAGAGAGAGAGAGAGAGAUCAUCCUCUGCUAUGGAAAUGGGAUCUCAGUCUUGCCUUCCCAGCUGAAUCACUAGCGCCAUUUCUUCCAUCGAUACCUUUGAUUCAGUCACUGACUUUUCUGUCUCAUUCUCCUUCGCUUUACAGUAGCUCAAGCGAUGACUUUACAAGUCUGAUUCAAGAGCCACAAUCUGUGGAAUCGUCAUCCCCGGCUGAGAUUAUUGUCAUAGGGAGAGAGAGCUCCGUUACGGAUGAUGAUUUACACAAUCCUAACGUUGAUGAAACUUGUCACCUGGUGAACGCAGACCUACCGCAAUGUCGGAUAUGCCUCGACACCGGAGGAGAAGAUUUAAUCGCUCCAUGCCACUGCAAAGGCACUCAGAAGUAUGUCCAUAGAUUAUGUCUUGAUAAUUGGAGGUCCACAAAGGAGGGCUUUGCUUUUGCUCAUUGUACAGAGUGCAGAGCUAUGUUCAUGAUACGUGCAAAUGUCCCUACUGAUCGCUGGUGGUUAAGACUGAAGUUUCAGUUUCUCGUUGCUAGAGACCAUGCGUUCAUUUUCAUCAUUGUUCAGCUGAUCGUGGCAUUCUUGGGUGUGUUGGUGUACAAAUUCUACGGGGAGGAACUAAGGGAAAUGUUUGGUUACGAAGAACACCCAUAUGGGUUCUACGCCAUGGCUGUCUUGGCUAUCAUCUUGGUUGGAUUACUCUACGGAUUCUUCAUAGCGAUUAUAUGCGGGCAGAGGAUAAAUGAACGCCACUACCAUGUCCUUGCUAAGCAAGAACUGACAAAGGAGUAUAUAGUCGAAGAUCGAGAACAUAACAAAAGUGUUCCUGAACUAGACCCCAGACAUGUUAUGGAGCUAAGGAUGUUAGGCCUGUAUUAAUCUGGAACUUCAUGAACUCAACUUGAUGUUUUGAUUGAUCUGGCGGGUAUACCUUUGAGUUGAUCAAACAAAGCAAAUUGUUUAUAAAAUUUCGCGAGAUACCUAGCAAGAAGAGUCUGUGCCUUCCUCGUUUACUAUAGCGGUCUGUUUGAACAAAUAAGGAGUCGCUUCUUGGUUGGGCACACAGAUUUCCUGGUGUAAAUGGGCAUUCUACGUGAUGACGAGGAAAUUGCUUCCCGUCCCGCCAGGCUCCCACUUACCCCUGAAGGCCAUUUCACAUAUCCUUUUGGAUUUGUAUUUCUUUGUGAACGAUUCAAAUUAGUAAAUUAAACUGUAAUUUAUCUGUUAGCUAUUGAGUUAUCCAAGAUGCUUCAAGGUUAAGACA